AGCGUGCUGUAAUGCGCAGUGUUUUUUUGUUGCGCUGUUAAGUUGUUUAAUUGUUGAUAAAUUAUACAAAUAAACAAAAAUGGGAAAUCACAAGGUACUUAGGACCGCUGGAUCAAAUUUGCGGUACUCCAUGUACGAGUUUAUUGAGGCCGUGCACAAGCGGACGAUUAUCUGGGAGCGCAGACACGCAAACUUCCAUAAUCGGGAGCUAAGGGACCAGGCCUGGCAGCAAAUUGGCCAAGAACUUUGCAAGAACUUUGCUGCAGCCAGUGAUGCCGAAAAGAACGAAAUUGCAAAAACCUUAAUGAAGCGUUGGAAGAACACGCGCGACAGCUAUUUGCGUGUGUACCGGAUGCGACAGAGCGGCAAAGAUGUGGUGGUGCGGGCAUCCUACAUAUACGAGCAGGAGCUCAGCUUUCUGCUGGAUGUCAAGACUGAGACCGAUGAUGAAGAGGAGCCCCUAAAGGAGGAAACCAAAUCGACGCCCAAACGGAAGCGCCUUUGCGCACAAAAAACGCCCAAAAAGCGGCGAAGCUCAGAGGAGGAAACGGCCGCCACGAGCGUCUCUUCAUUGCCAAAUAAUCUGCAUUCCUUGCUGGACGAUCUCAACUGCACCACAGCAGAUAACUCAACGCAUCCCGAGUGCGGUGCCAGCCUCGCCAAGCCAGCAGUCACUCCGUUCACAGGAGACUUCGCCAGUUGUACAAAUGCCUCUGCGCCAACAUCAGCCAACACGGAUGCGGAUCAGGCGUUCUUUGAUAGCAUUAAGCCGCAUAUGCAAAGGAUGAAUGCCGAUCAGAAGCUCGACUUUCAGAUAGAAGUAUUAAAAAUACUUCGCAAUUUCAAGCCAAAUUAAACGGUAGUUAAAGGGAAAAAUCCAUAAAAUGUGUCUUUAUUUUAAAUUUAUUAUCUAAUUUGAUUCGAGCUUAUAAUUAAGAAAUUGAAGACAGUUGGAGGGAUUCUGUAUCAUAGCUGAAAUAAUGAGAAUAUAAAUACCAAUGAGACAACUGAAAACCAUUGCAAAUAGGAAAAUUCCAGUCCCCAUAUUCGUCCUACCUGGAUCAAAUCCAAUACUAAUACAUGCACUAUGUUGCUUGUCACAUGCAGCAAUAUUUAAGCAAAAACAUAAACUGUCAAAAAGAUACAUAAGCCAUCGCAUAGCCGGCCAUCUAAAGCGGUUCGACCAGUUUCGGUUUAUAAA